GCCCGGUAGGCCUGCAAUCCCCGUCCGUCAGCCAGCUGUGUGCCCGCCGGCUGAGGGCCGAUAACCGACCACACUGACUCAUUCAUCCACCGAGACCGGCUGUAAGCCAGCCAUGGACACCAUCAAGAACGGCUGGUUCACCGAAACCUCCAGCCUGUGGCCGGGCCAAGCCAUGUCCCUGGAGGUGGAUAAGGUCCUUUACAACCAGAAGUCCCCUUUCCAAGAUGUGGUUGUCUUCAAAAGCAAAACCUAUGGUAAUGUCUUAGUGCUGGAUGGUGUGAUACAGUGCACUGAAAGGGAUGAAUUUGCUUACCAAGAGAUGAUUGCAAAUCUAGCUCUGUGCAGCCAUCCUAAUCCUAAAAAGACAGCAGUAAAAGCACUAGCACUUGCCACCUCAUUGGGGAUGAAAUGCCCAGGAGCUGAGCUGUGGAGAGGAAAGAUUCACACAGCUGUAGAGACAACAGCAGGACAGGAAUACAACUUGCACGACAGUACUCCGUCAAUGGUACUUAUUAUUGGAGGUGGUGAUGGUGGUGUGCUGCGGGAAGUGGUCAAACAUGCAGCUGUGGAGUCUGUAGCACAAUGUGAAAUUGAUGAGGAUGUAAUAAAGGUUUCUAAACAGUACCUUCCUGGUAUGGCAGUGGGUUUCUCGAGCCCCAAGCUGAAACUUCAUGUUGGUGAUGGCUUUGAGUUCAUGAAAGAGAACCAGGAUGCAUUUGAUGUAAUUAUCACUGAUUCCUCAGAUCCAGUAGGGCCUGCUGAGAGCUUGUUUCAGGAGUCUUACUACCGGCUGAUGAAAAAUGCCCUGCAUGAGGAUGGGAUCCUUGGUGCCCAAGGUGAAUGUCAGUGGCUGCACCUCGAACUCAUAAAGGAGAUGCGGAGAUUCUGUAAAUCUUUGUUUCCUGUAGUUGAAUAUGCAUACAGCACAAUCCCUACGUACCCCAGUGGACAGAUUGGUUUUAUGUUGUGCAGUAAAAAUCCUGACACUAGUUUUCGUGAACCUGUGAGACAACUGUCAGCAGAGGAAGUGGACAGAAUGCAACUGAAAUAUUACAAUGCAGAUAUGCAUCGAGCAGCUUUUGUUUUGCCAGAGUUUGCCAGAAAGGCACUUGAUGCAUAAAGCCAACUCUAUUGCCUGAUGUUUGUCAUCCAUACUGGAAAAAGUUUUUACAAAUUCUAUCAUCGGUUUAUAAUGGGCCCAUAAUGUAUCACACUGAAAUUAACCCUUUCCUGUCUUCAAAGAGGAAAAUUAUCCUUCGACUGCCCAGGAAGCCAGGAAACAGCAGCUCUUGUUGGGAAUAAAAGGCCACGUUUCAGUUCUUUUUAAAGAAAGUCAGAGCUGUGUGAAUUUUCUUUCCCCACACCCCACCCCCGGACUGUUGGGUGAUCUGUGAUUCUUGUGGAGUUGGCCAGGUGUGCAGCGGACCUCUAGACCUUGUAAGGUCAGCUGACUAACCAAUAACCUCCACUUUAGAUACUGCACAUGGCUGACAGCAUGGACCACUGAGGCCUUAAUCCAUGAUGGCCCUAGACUGGAAAGGGUUAAAAUUUUAAAGAAAAUAUUAAUAAAAAUGCAACCAGAUAAUGCUUGGAACUUGAA